ACAAACCCUAAAGGCCGCCGCCGCCAUGGCCAGGAAGAAAUCCGCCGCCGCCGCCGCCGCCGCCGCCGCCAAUGGCAACGGUAACCACGCCGCCGCCAACGGAAAUGGUAACCACGCCGCCGCGGAGGUUCUGGUGGCGAAGGCCGCGCCUGCGCCGGACGCGCGGGACUGGAAGGCGGAGCAGCUGAAGGCGCUCAACACCAUGCUGCUCAAGGAGGCGACGGAGCGGCGGGGGCAGGUGGCGGCGCUCACGGCGCGCCUCGACGAGAUCUCCGCCGACGACGCCGCGCUGGGCGCCGCCGAGCGCGCCGUGGCGCGGGCCGCGCUCGCCGCGCCGCUCCGCGCCGCCGCCGACGAGGUCGCCGCGCUCCGGGCCCGCCUCGCCGCCGUCCAGGGGGCGCUCCGGGACGCGGAGGCGCGGGCGGCGCGGGAGGCGGCGGGCCGGGGCGAGGCCGGCGCGCGGCUCGAGGAGGCCGCCGCGGAGAGGGCGCGGUCGCUGACGCUGCUCCGGGAGAAGGAGGCGGAGGUGGCGGCGGUGUCCAACAAGGUCGCGAGAUUGGAGGCCGUGGUGGCGGAGCUGGAGGGCAAGAACUCCGAGCUGUUCGGAGAGAAGGGUGAGCUGGCGGAGAAAUUGAAGGAGGCCAAGGAGGCUGUUCGGGUGGUGUCGAGCGAGAAGGCGGAGGUGGAGAGGGGCUUGCAGGAGUUCAGGAAGGCGGCUGAGGCUUAUCGGGUGGAAAUGGAGGGCAAGAUGAAGGCGAAGGUGGAGGAACUGAUGGUGCUGGGUGCCAAAAAGGCCGGGAUCGAGGCGAGAGUGGAGUCAUUGGAGUCGGAGCUGGCAGGUGCAGUGGCUAAGAAAGGGGAAUUGGAGGCUGAGGUGGUGGCCAAGAAGAGGGAGUCUGAUUUGGUGAAGGGAGAAAAUGACAAGCUUCAGUCCGAGGUUGUGGCUGCGGAGAAGAGGCACAAUGUUGCUGUUGCAGAGGUUGAAAGUCUCAGGAUGGAAUCGGGCACAUUGGUGGCAGCGAAAGAGGCUGCUGCUAAGGCAUUUGAUGCUGAGAAGGCUAGACUUGUGGGGGAAUUGGAGGGCCUGAAGAGGAAGUUGGAGGAAAUCCAGGCUGACAAGGAAGCAGCCGAGGGAGCAAAUCACGAGAAGGAUGCUCAGGCCUGUAAGCUGAGGGCCGAAUUGGAGGAACUCCACACCUCCAUGUCCGAGCUCCAAGCUUCCUGCAAUGAUCUUUACAUUAAGUGUUCAUGCCUGCACAAUGAGAAAAAUUCAGUUCUGAAGGCUUUGGAUGCUGAGAAGGCUGAAGCAGUAAAGCUGAGGUCGAAAAUUGAGGAGCUCGAGAAGUGCAAUGUGAAGAAGGAUGGCGACAUUGGGAAGCUGAAGGUAGCAUUGGAGGAGAAGAAGGGGAAGAUUAAUACCCUGAGCAAGGAUGUCGAGCUGCUGCAACUCGCAGUGGUUGAGGCUCAGAAGAGGAAGAAGGGUGGCAUCUGGACAUGGCUGUAUGCUGCCACAACAACCAUGGUGGCUGCUAUCUCCUUCAUCUAUGCCACCAGGUCCCACUGAAGGCUGCCUUUUUUCCUUUGGCCAUGUUCCAUGUUUGUUUUACACUUAUCAAUGUGCAACUCAAAAUGAUCAUGAUUGUAUCCUGCUGUAUUGCUAUGUUAUGCGUCAGCUGGUUAUGAAAUGAAAUGAAUCCUUUAAUUACAUGGCUA